UUUAUUCAAAAGAUAAACGAUUAUCGAUGAAUGUAAUUAUUAUUAUUUGAUAAUAGGGAUUAGAAAAUGAUUGAAAUAUUAUUAUAAUGGAAUACGUUUCAGUUAUUUUAUUUCGGUGUAAGAGUAAAUACGUAAGAUAUGUAUUUACUCAUAUGCUUAGCCUUAUUAGGCUCUGUUACUGCAGUGCCGCUCACAGAAAUCCAACGAAAUGAUCCACGUGAAGAAAUUUACGUACUACCAGACACAACAUUCCCUACAUUCUACGAUGUCCAACUGUUCAUUGAUCCUAGCAAUGUAGAUUACUUCUUUGGAAACGUUUCAAUCAGAAUAAUACCUAAUGUCAACACUGAUUUAAUCACAUUACAUGCUAUGGCCAUGGAAAUUGAUAGCAUUGAAGUUUAUAGCGAAAGAGAUGUGAAUUUGGCUACUGAUCUCUUCGCUAAUUAUACUCUAGCUACAGAUGAUACUCAUUUGCUAAGAAUUAGACUUUCGAGUUCAAUAGGCGCGCUGAUACCUCAUACAGUCAAGAUUAAUUACGUAGCACAAUACGCUGAAAACAUGUUUGGAGUUUAUGUUUCUACUUAUGAAGAAAACGGGCAGACGAUAAACUUAGUGACUUCACAACUCCAACCCACAUUUGCUCGUAGAGCAUUCCCUUGCUAUGACGAACCUCACCAGAAAGCCAUAUUUAGAACCACAAUAUAUGCACCACCUGCUUACGACGUCGUCAGGAGUAAUAUGCCAGAAAGGAAUGACACUUUAAAAGAGGAAGUUUCUGGCUGGACAAAACAUGAAUUCGACGACACAUUGGUUAUGUCUUCGUAUCUGCUGGCUUAUCUGGUCUCAAACUUCCAUUACGUCGAGAAUGAUGGCGAACCCAUUUAUCGCAUUCCCUUCAGAGUCUAUUCUAGACCAGAGACCUUGGAGUCGGCAGCUUUUGCUCUAGAAUUCGGUCAGAGGAAUAUGAUCGCUCUUGAGAAUUUCACCCAAUUUGACUAUGCCUUCCCAAAGAUUGACAAAGUCGCUGUGCCUGACUUCGCGGCUGGUGCUAUGGAGAAUUGGGGACUUGUUAUUUACAGAGAGGUAGCUCUCCUCGUGACAGAGGGUGUCACCACCACGAACACAAGGCAGGGCAUAGGCAGGAUAAUUUGCCACGAGAACACGCACAUGUGGUUCGGGAAUGAAGUGGGCCCCUUGUCCUGGACUUACACCUGGUUGAACGAAGGAUUCGCAAACUAUUUCGAAAGUUACGGCACAGAUUUGGUUCUGUCAGGAUGGCGCAUGAUGGAUCAGUUUGUGAUAGCCAUGCAGAACGUGUUCCAAUCUGACGCCGUUCUUAGUGUAAAUCCAAUGACACACCCUGUAUAUACCCCUUCUGAAAUACUUGGGACAUUCAAUGCAGUCGCUUAUCAGAAGUCUGGCUCCGUCAUACGCAUGAUGGCCCAUUUCCUCACACCAGAGGUGUUUCAACAAGGUCUCGUGUACUACAUAAGGAACAAGUCCCGUAGCGCCGCCCACCCAUCCGACUUAUAUGCUGGUCUCCAACAAGCUUUGAACGAAUCCAACCACACCAUACCCUGGCCUGUGGCCACCAUAAUGGAGAGAUGGACCACUCAGGGUGGCUUCCCUGUACUCACCGUCACGAGGUCCAGCCCGUCAGCAAACUCGCUAGUCAUUACUCAGCAACGAUACUUGACCGACAGUAGUCAAACUUCAGACGACCGUUGGCAUGUCCCGGUCAACUGGGCGCUGUCAACCAACCCAGAUUUCAAUGACACCAGCCCCCAAUAUUGGCUGCCUUUAGCUUUGAUAGCACAGUCUGUGAACAUCCCUGGAUUGGCGGACGCUGAUUGGUACAUCAUCAAUAAGCAGCAGACUGGUUACUACAGAGUGAACUAUGAUGAAGAUAAUUGGCGUGCGUUGGCGGAAGAAUUGAGGUCGUCUUACCGAAACAUUCAUCUCCUUAACAGAGCUCAAAUUGUUGACGAUGUCUUCAAUCUUGCUAGAAAUGGACGUCUCCAUUACGACUUCGCCUUCGAAAUCUCACAGUACUUGGUGCAAGAGAACGACUAUAUCCCGUGGGCGGCUGCUAACGCUGCCUUCACAUACCUCGACACAGCCCUCAGCGGGGCCCCGGCCGUAUACAGACUGUUCCAAAACUUCGUACUGAACUUAACAGCGCCAAUGUAUGAGGAGUUGGGUUUCAUCGCGUCCUCUUCAGAAGAACACGUGACUCCUUACUUCAGGAAUAUCAUGCUGAACUUCAACUGCCGUUACGGGAAUGAACACUGUGUCAAUAGAGCUUCGGAGUUGUUACAGGCUUAUAGGGAAAAUCCAACGGCAAACGCAAUUAACCCCGACAUUCAAACAACGGUCUACUGCUCCAGCCUCCGCGGCGGGAAUCGGGAGAACUUCGACUUCUUAUGGAACCUUUACCUGUCUACAUCUGACUCCAGUCAACAGGCCAUUUUGUUGAACGCCCUUGGCUGCACCUCUAACGAAGAGGACCGAUCUUUCUACCUGAACCAGGUGAUCGCUGACAAUUCACAAGUGAGGGAGCAAGACAGACAUACCAUCAUUGUGUCAGUCACCAACGCCAGUCCUGAAAACACUGAGGCGGCCCUGGACUUUGUUAUUGAGAACUUCCAUCUUAUCCAACCUAGCGUUCAAGGACUCACUGGAACAACAAACAUCUUGAAUGCCUUCGCCAGAACUCUGACCACGCCUGCUCAUGAGACUAAAAUCCAAACCUUCAUCACGCGCCAUCAAGAUAUCUUCACCGCUGGUGAGCUAGCUUCAAUAGCUGCUAUACAAGAAAAUCUAGCAGCUUCCAUUACCUGGUCAGCUGAUAACUUCGGCGCAGUAGAUUCUUGGCUAGACCAAAACUUUGGCGGCAACGGCGCUUUUGCAGUGAAAUCUAGCAUUAUCAUCGUAGCAUCUGUGUUCUUAACUCUUUUCUAUUGAUUGUUUAUAACAUCUGAUUUGUAAAUAUUUGCGUUUAAGAACAAGUGCAUUUGUGAUACUUAAAAUUAUAAGGUUCUUUAUUAAAGUUAUAGAUACUUA